AUGAACCCAAAUAAAUUAUUAUUAUUAUUAAUAAUUGUCUUGUUGUCUAUUAGCUAUUCAUUAGCAAUAACGAUGAUUAAGUGCACUAUUGAAAAAGCUGGAGAUAUUCCAAAUUAUGCUGGCCAUAAUGUUACUAAGGAAUCGGAUUUUAAAGAAGCAUUAGAUGCACUAAAUUAUGAUAAUGUUUAUAAUAAGGAAGGUACAAUAAAAGAAAUAGGAAAUGUUAGAAUUGAAAGAACUGGUUUUGCCAUAGUAAGUCGUAGAAAAUGGAAAACCGUAGAAGGCCACGUGAUCGGCGUCAAAGGAAAUUCAUUAAUUUCACAAGUUGCAUUUCCUAAUGAUUUAAAAGAUCCAUUUGGUGAUAUUUCUAGUCAAUUGAAUCUUGUCAAUUGUAUGGAUAAUGCUUUGUAUGAAUCAUAUAUAUCUGGAAAAGUCUACAAGGUUGUCCGUAAAUAUUAG